AUGGUCCGCCUCAAGCACCGCUACCUCCUGGUCAACAUUCUCUACCCUGAACUAGAGAAAUCCCAAUCCGGCGCCAAAAUCCCCGACGUCGUGCUGUUCAAUCAACCCUCGACUAGCGAGCUCACCCAACAAGUUCUGUUAAGAGGUCUGCGGGCGGAGAUAUCCACUCUAUUUGGGGAUUAUGGAUCGGGCGCUGUGUCGGAAUCGCUUGCCGUCAAAUAUUUCUCUACUGCGACUUCGACAUUCAUCCUCCGAGUCGCGCGCGCGCAUUACAAGAUAGUAUGGGCUGCGCUAUCACUCAUGAAAUGCCUACCUAUAAAAAACGGAAAGAACUGUGUCUUCAGAGUGGUGAGGGUCAGUGGGACAAUCAGGAAAGCUGAAGAGGAGGCCAUUCGCAGAGCUAGAGACCUGAUCCUGCAGGCGCAACGAGAUGUCGAGGACAAUAAAGAUGAAUCGGUGUUGGAUGGCAUAUUUGGGAAAGCACAGACGCAAGAAGACACGACGAAGGAGAUCUUGAUGGUGGAUCGAUCCGACAGUGAAGGAGAUUCAGACAAUAACGGAUGA